AUGCUUCCGACACCAAAUCGCACAACGCGUUGCGUACUCUUCCUCGUGGCGACACUGCUGUCGCGGUCCACCGCGUGGCUACCGACUCUCACGCAGCCCCCGGGCUUCCGUCACGCCUUCCCGUUCCUCGCGAGCCGGACGUCGGCAGACCCCGCGUCGCUGGAGACGCACGUGGCCUUGUUGACGCGCGCCGCCGAUACCAAAACGGAAGACUCGGAACAGGUGUACACGGCGUUGGCGGAGUUGGAAACACUCAUGCGACGUCGGGCGCGGGAGGAUUAUCCCGCAACGGCCGAGGCUACGCUCCGGGCGCUGGACGGCGACUGGCGUCUCGUCUUUACCACCGGGACGGCGCAGACGCAACAAAAGUACGGGAAAAUCAAUUACUUUCCCAUCAAGGCCGUGCAGAGUUUUCGGACGACGAAGGAACCAAUGGAAAUCGAAAACGGAAUCUAUUUCGGAGACUUUCCCGCCGUGCGCUUUUCGGGAACCAUGGAGUUUGAUUUGCAAAAACGCAAACUCGAGUUCGAUUUUGAUAAGGUCUUGCUAUUGAAUUUCUUUGACGUGACGCUAAAAAAAGGAGAAGCCGCCAAUUUGGGGGCCAAGUCCGGAUUAGGCAGCGAGUCCAACGUGGUCAACACCAAACGGGACAAGAAGGCAUUCUUCAACUGGAUUUCGGCCGACGAAAAUAUCGCCACGGCACGGGGUGGCGGCGGAGGCCUCGCACUGUGGAAGCGUAUCCCUAGCGCGACGCCCGAAUAAAGAACACACCAUCACACCGUCCUCAUUUGACGGACAAAUCACUAUGCCAUCCUGGAUGCACCUCGUUUUUUUCUUCAACUGUCGGCACUCUCAAUUGACUAUCCCCGACUACGCUUACAAGUAUUAAACCCCCCGAGUAAACAGACUAAUGUUC